AUGACACUGUCCGAAAUUCUCGAAGAAUCAGGGAAGGAUCCGACUAUAAGAGCCCUCGAAGACGCCAUCGCCAAGAAUGACUGGACGGAUAAACUAAUGGAGCCUUUCAAACACGUACUUGAAGAACUGACAUCAAAACGGGGACUCGUGUUGAGGGGAUCCCGGAUCGUAAUGCCCCAAACACUACAACGACGCACGAUGCAACUCGCACAUGAGACACACCUGGGAAUGGUCAAGACCAAGGCGCUACUCCGAGGCAAGGUAUGGUGGCCAACUAUCAACAAGGACGUGGAGAAGGCAAUCAGACAAUGCAUCCCAUGUGCAAGCCUUGACACAAGAAAACAAACCAAUCCGGCGAAUAUGUCUGAGAUGAAGGGGCUGUGGGAGGUAAUCCACGUGGACAUAUGUGGACCGUUCCCUAGUGGUGAGUAUGUGCUGGGAAUCAUCGAUGCAGGAUCCCGGUGGCCAGAAGCCUUUGUGGUCAAAAUUAUCAACACGGAUACCGUUACGACCCUGAUCGAAGGAUGCAUCACUACACAUGGCAUCCCAGCGGUCAUCGUGUCAGAUAACGGACCACAGUUCAGAGCCAAGGAGUUUGCACAGUUCUGUGAAGAAUGGGGAAUAAAACACCACAAAGUGACACCAUAUCAUCCCCAAGCAAAUGAGGAAAUCGAGCGGUUCUUUGCGACCAUGUUGAAAGCACUCCGAGCGAUGCAUACUGAGGGGAAAGAUUGGAGACGGCAACUCGGUAAAUUCUUGAUGCACUACAGGAACACCCCACACUCAAUGACGGGAGAGACGCCAGCCAAACUCCUCAUGGGAAGGAACAUCAAGGUGAAACUCCCCCAAGUGAGUCAUGACUUGGAAGACACACAAGUGACAUGUUGGGCUGUGGCACGCAAAAGAGAUAAAAGAGAAAAGGAGAAACUGAAACUCCGGACAGACAACUGA